GUCGAAUUCGAUCUUUCCGAACAAGGGCCUAAAGGAGUGGCGAUUGCAAAGAUUGUGCCCUGUAGUCCAUUGGACCGAGCCCUUCAUUACCUCCCUACUCAAUUGCAACCUAGUUCAAAUUUUUACAGCCAAAAGUUACGCAUGUAUGGGGAUGCUCCAGUCACUCAAAAGAUUACAAAUACAUCACAGGAAACGUUGUCUCAACACACUCCUGUUUGCGCUGGUUCCGCUCUUCCUCUCGGUGUCUGGCCCAGGAUGAAAGCGGAUGUUCAUUGUGCAACCAGCAUGCCUCGUCUUCGUUCUGGUGACUGGAUUGUUCUGUUAAAUGGCGUCGAUCUUCGACUAUCCAGUCCCUUUAAAGUAGCAACUUGUCUUCACCAGUUGGUCGGAUGGGAAGGCGAUGUAGAGUGA